UUCAAGAAAUCUCUGCGUUAACGGAAGGAGGGCCCCCCGUCUCCCUGAGAGGGAGGGCCCUGCGAGAAGCUUUGUCGUAAACGAAGGAGCUGUAAAGGUACUUUUCUCCCUCGAGUUUCUCCUCUCCAGGACGACGAGAUUGAUCGGCACAGUUACUCCGCAAAGUGGGUGCCAUGAUAACAUCCUCUCCUCUGUGAACAGCAUAUAAUGUUUUAAGAAAUCUUUGUGUUAACAAAGGAAAGCGCCUCUGUUUCUCUUUCUGUAUGUAGAAUUUGAUGCUCAGAUCAAUCCUUCCAUUAUUAUCAAGCACCAACGUCAUCUGAUUAUCAGAAUCGUCAAUAACAUCUGCUGAUAUCGAAACGCAAAGCAUUCCUUGAAACCACUCUCUGCUUCUUUAAAGAUUGGUUGGUAGAGUUUACUGCUUGUCAAUAUGGAUAAUGGUGACAGAGAUCGGGCAAUUAUCUGUGACAACGGAUCAGGCACAAUAAAGGAUUUGCUGGUGAUGAUGCACCUUGUGCCAUUGUUCCUAGCGUCAUUGGGCGGCGGAAGAACAGGAGCAUGAAUGCAGGCAUUGCAAACAUAAAGGAGGUCUAUGUUGGUGAGGAGGCUCAAGCGAAAAGUGGGAUUCUUUUAUUAAAAUCUCCAAUAGAGCAUGGCGCAGUUAGAGACUGGGAAGACAUGGCAUGUAUAUGGCAGCACGUAUAUGAAAGGGAGCUUUUGACAUGUGCAGAAGAGCAGCCAGUUCUCAUGACUGAAGCCCCUUUAACUCCAAAGGCUAAUCGGGAGAAGAUGAUUGAGAUCAUGUUUGAGACAUUCAAUGUGCCAGCAAGCUACGUAGCAACCCAGGGAGUCUUAUCCCUCUAUGCUAGUGGGCGCACAACUGGUAUGGUGAUAGACUCAGGAGAGGGUGUGACCCAUGUAGUUCCAAUUUAUGAAGGAUAUGCCCUUCCCCAUGCAAUUUACAGGGUUGAUAUUGCUGGCAAGGACAUUACUGAGGCCCUAGCAAAUUCUCUAAUAGAAGAUGGUCAUGUGUUCUCCACUCCAGCAGAACAAGAGAUCAUUCGGGACAUAAAGGAAAAGCUAGCUUAUGUUGCAUUCAACUUCAAGCAGGAGAUGGCUGCUGCCAGGGAGAGCUCGACCCGAGAUCAGCUGUAUGAGUUGCCUGAUGGUCAAGUCAUCAAAGUGGGCUCUUGUAGGUUCAGCUGCACGGAGAUCCUAUUUGAGCCAAGCUGGGUUGGCGUGGAGUCAUGUGGAAUGCAUGAGGCCAUAACCAGGUCCAUAAGAAAGUGUGACAUUGAUGUGAGGAGGGACAUGUAUGCAAAUAUUGUGUUGAGUGGUGGGACCACCGGGUUGCCUGGGUUGGUUAACCGGCUUGCAAAGGAGCUGAAGGAAAUGGCUCCACCAACCACAAGAAUAAGAAUCAUGUCACCACCAGAGAGGAAAUAUGGUGCCUGGAUUGGAGGGUCUAUCCUGGCUUCUCUUAGCAGUUUCGAUCAGAUGUGGAUUACGAAGGAGGAUUAUGUGGAGUUUGGUGCCUCAGUUGUACAUAUGAAAUGCUUUUAGUGAAUAUACCUCUCUCCCUCUCUAUGUAUAUCAUUUGUCUUCAUUAGUCUUAUCUUUCUCUGCUUACCUGUGAUUAGGUUUGGUAGCAAAAGUUUUUCUUCCUAAUGUGAAUGUUGACAUUUUCACAGACGAACAAUACCCUUUGAGAUGGCUUUCUUGACCAUGUAUAAAAGAUUUAGUGUUGCAUCAUAGUCAUAGCAGCAGACUGUUUCUUUGAUCUCCAGUUUUUGUUUUUCUCUUUGGUGGUCUUAUAGAUGACCCCAUACUUUUCGGUGGACACAACAGGAGCUGAAGGCAUACGGCACCACUGGUGGAAGUGGUGAUUGCAGAGAGUACAACAAGAUUCUACAUGUGACAUCAAGCAUCUAUGAGCAUCAUGGUCGUCAGAGGGACACAGAGAGGCUCCUGAAAGGCUUCCUUAGGAAUACCAUUUCCCCUUUACAAACUCCCCAAUGAAAAAAAAGAAACUUCAUAGAAGCUCACGCUUGAACCGAAAAACCCAGAAUAGGAUGACAGGAACAAGGGGAGAGAGAGUGUGUGUGAGAGAGAAUGGACAGGACUGAUAUCAACGAAUUUGAAAGGAAAAACCCUUAGCAUGAUCUCUUGUGGGAGCAGGAGACUUUCAAUUUCUUAUUGAAUGAAAUGGACUGAGAUUUUCAAUUUUGCAUUGGGAAUGGGACCAAGAUGUUCUUUAGGAUGCGUUCCUGUAUUUUGUAGUGUGAACAUAAGAACUGAAAAAAUUCUUCACCUUCUCUCCUGAAA